UUUGUGUUAGUUGUAGUGUAUGAGCGAUGGCAGCAUCUCAUCUUCUGGACGAACGAGAAGAUGAUAAACCCAGCGGUGGCUACCAUGUGAUGGUGACGAUUGAGGAUAGGCCACGCCCCCAGGCCACGCCCACCGGACGGACACGCCCCUCUAUGGUCACGCCCAGUGGCGAUCAGGUAGACGAUAAGUCAGACAACAGCAAGCCGACGCGUUUGGCGCGGAGUUUCCGUAAAGCCUUGCGGAAAAACCAGGACUACAUUCGCAUCAUCGUCCCGAAGUCCAGCGGCUCCCGGCUGCCGUCGGAAUGGUGGAAGACGGGAAUCGCCUUCAUCUGGGCCGGAUUUAACCUCAUCCUUACUACCGUCAUGAUCACCGUCGUCCACGAGAGAGUCCCGGAUAAAUCCGUCAGCCCGCCGUUACCGGACAAGUUCUUCGAUUAUGUGCCGCGUGUGGAGUGGGCGUUUUCUGUCACCGAGGUAAACGGGAUGAUCCUCGUGGCUCUGUGGUUCAUUCAGUGGCUCUUCCUCAAGCACAGGCCACGCCCCCAGGCCACGCCCACCGGACGGACACGCCCCUCUAUGGUCACGCCCAGUGGCGAUCAGGUAGACGAUAAGUCAGACAACAGCAAGCCGACGCGUUUGGCGCGGAGUUUCCGUAAAGCCUUGCGGAAAAACCAGGACUACAUUCGCAUCAUCGUCCCGAAGUCCAGCGGCUCCCGGCUGCCGUCGGAAUGGUGGAAGACGGGAAUCGCCUUCAUCUGGGCCGGAUUUAACCUCAUCCUUACUACCGUCAUGAUCACCGUCGUCCACGAGAGAGUCCCGGAUAAAUCCGUCAGCCCGCCGUUACCGGACAAGUUCUUCGAUUAUGUGCCGCGUGUGGAGUGGGCGUUUUCUGUCACCGAGGUAAACGGGAUGAUCCUCGUGGCUCUGUGGUUCAUUCAGUGGCUCUUCCUCAAGCACAGUUCACUCUACGGUGAUUCUCACAGCAAGAUCGAGCGUGUUUUGCAGCUGGUGUCUGGAGGAGGUUUGUCCAUCACUGGCUCUCAUCUCAUGUGUGGAGACUUCCUAUACAGCGGCCACACAGUCAUGCUGACCCUCACCUUCCUCUUCAUCCAGGAAUACUCGCCCCGCUCGUUGCUAUGGCGUUGCUAUCAUGUGAUCUGCUGGUUGCUAAGCGCGGUGGGCGUGGUCUGCAUCCUGAUAGCGCAUGAGCAUUACAGCGUGGAUGUAGUUGUGGCGUAUUUCAUCACCUCACGCCUCUUCUACUGGUACCACACCAUAGCCAACAACCAGGCCUUGAGAGGAUCUCCUCACAACUACCUAAACCGGAUGUGGUGGAGCCGCGUGUUUAGCUUCCUGGAGAAGAACGUUAAGACGACGGUUCCCUGCACGUUUUCAUGGCCGCUGUCGCUUCCGUCUGCAUGCUUCAAGAACCCAUGCAUGAGCUACUCGAUAGUGCAGAGCGCACGAGACGAAUGACGCCACAGACACCGCGCGAGCAGAUCGAGAUCCUGUUUAC